AUGCCUCCCGUCGGCAAAGAGCUGGAGAUAAAAAUUGUGCAAUCGUACGGUGAUGUCCAAUUGUUCGAAGAAAGUCCUGAAUGUAAAGAAGGUAGAUUUGAUGUCAGCCCCACAAAAAUAUACGAGGCGCUCAAAACAAACACACAGUCUAACAGUCUGGAUAGCACGAAAGUCAUUAUUUUCACUUUGCAGCCACAUUUCGAAGCAUCUCUAGCCAGAAAGGGUUACAUUGACCCGAUACAGGAAGGCGAUUUGUACCCACAACGACCGGGCCUGUCGCGACCAUUUCUUUGA